GGUUGCCAGGUCCGCGGUUUUCCCGCCCAAUUGGGCUAUUUUUCAUUGGAAUUGGCGGGAAGAAAAUGGUAUUCGCGGGUUGGCGGUUUCUUGGGCUGUUUUUAUUGUAGUACGCGGUAUUUUGGGCUUUUUAUAUUGGAAAAAUUAUUUUAUAUCGUUUUUUCACAAGCUCAGGCACAGCGCCACGCCAGGUGUGUUGUCAGGUGACGAUACCUGACGCGCCUGGCCAUCUGCCUGGGUGUGACCUCUUUCCCCUCUCCCCAGGGGGAUUAUCAGUAUUUAUCAUGAGGGCACGACCUCGUUAACACCGUCGCAUGACCUAUCCCCGUGACCUGGACAGUAUGAUGAUGAAGCCAGCAGUCUCUCUUCAACCACCACACAGUCACAACCAGCACCUUGGCUAUCAGAAACAGUUUACUCUCUGUCGUGCAGUGAAAAUGGGCAAGUGGGCUAAGUACGGCAAGAAAUACAAGAAAGAAUGGGAAAAAGAAGAUGGUCUCAGAGAAUGGAUUUCUGGUGUGCCUGGUGAUGACUCUGUUGCAGCGUGCAAGUUCUGCAAAACAACAAUUAGAGCCCAUCACAGUGACCUUGUCAGUCAUAGCUCAACUGAAAAGCACAGAAAAAAUGCAGCCCCAUUUUCAAACAUGAGAACAUUAUUUCAAUCCGGCAUUAGAAAAACAAAUGCCAAUAACAGCAUGAAAAUUUGUGAACUGAUAUUAGCAGCUCACAUUGCUUGCCAUUCAAGCAUUAACACUAUUGAUCACCUGGCUGAAGUUGUGGGAAAAAUUUCAAAUAAGGAAAUCUCACUACAUAGAACGAAGUGCACAGCACUUAUAAACAAAGUACUGGGACCCUCUAUGCUGAAGGAACUAUGCAGUGAUAUCGGUGAUAAUGAUUACUCAUUGAUAAUUGAUGAAAGCACAGACAUCACCACAAAAAAGAAACUGUGUGUUGUUGUUCGCUAUCCCAGCUACUCAAAGAAGAGAAUUAUCACUUCGUUCUUGGGUUUGGUGGAAUUGGAAAGGGGCACAGCUGAGGUGGUCACAACAUCUUUACUUGACUUCAUAGAAAAUCAUGCCAAACUGAACGUCAAAAAAUGCAAUGGUUUGGCAACUGAUGGAUGCAACACUAUGUGCGGGACACACAACUCUGUUAUGUCAAGAUUUUGUGCAUUAAACCCACACGUGACACACAUCAAAUGCAUAUGUCAUUCAUUGCAUUUAUGUACGUCAUAUGCAAUGCGAAAGUUGCCCUCUCACCUUGAAUUCAUGGUGUCACAGACAUAUAGAUAUUUUUCACACAGCACGCUUCGUCAACAAAAGUAUGCAGAACUCUAUUCUACAAUCAACGUGGGAGAACAACCACUGAAGUUGCUGAAGUUGUCAGGGACGCGAUGGCUGGCUAUUGCACCAUGUAUAACAAGGAUUCUGGAGCAGUAUGAUGAGCUGAAACUCCAUUUUGAGAUAUCCAAAGAUGAGGAGGAGAAGAACUACACUGCCGACUUGUUGUACCAGAUGUACUCAGAUCCUGCCAACAAGUUGUACUUGGCUUUUCUGCAGCCUGUGGUGUCCCAGGUCAACCGGGUUAACAAAUUGUUUGAGUCAGACCGGUGCAAUGCCAACAGACUCCUGGAAGAUUUGAUGUCCCUCUACAAGUCCAUUCUCCAGCGACUCAUGAUACCGCGAACUUUCUGCACGUGGAAAGCUGUGGCAGAUUAUGAUGUGAACGACGAACGGAACCAUCUGCCGCUGGAAGCUGUGGACUUCGGUGUGAAGUUCUACAUCGAACUGGGUCAGAGCAGGUUGGACAGCGGAAUUGUUCACACCGUUAAGAAGCACGGGCGUGACUUCCUGAUGAAGCUUCUUCAGGAGCUGCAGCAAAGGCUUCCAUCAAAUAUUAACCAUCUCCAGAGCUUGGAUGCCCUGACCCCAGAAACUGUUCUCGGAGUGAGGAAACCAAGACUGCAGGAGCUGUCUUUCUUACCAAAAUAUUCGGGGGAUAUUGGUAAGCUCGACGGGCAGUGGCAAAGACUUGCAACUGUCAGCUGGCCAAAAGAUGUGAUAAACGACUCCGAAAAGUUUUGGUUAACUGUUCACAGCCACCAGGACGCCUCAGGGGAGCGGGAUUUUAAGGAGGUAGGGCAGUUUGCUCUGUCCAUGCUUUCGCUGCCCAUUAGCAAUGCCUCUGUUGAACGGGUUUUUUCCCAAAUGAACUUGAUAAAGAAUAAACUUAGGAACAGGAUGCAACACAAGAGUCUAGAAAACACAUUACAUGUACGUGCAUUCAUGAAUAGAAACAACAUGUGUUGUAGGGAGUUCGACCCCACACAGGAAAUGCUGUCAAUGUUCACAAAGGACAUCUAUACCAAUGUUGAUGAGCAUGAGUAUGUUGAGGUGCCUGAUGUAUAAAUGUACUGAAAAUAAACAUAUAGCAUGUAUGUUAAUAUACUCUAGCAUGUAAAGUAUAAUUAGGUAGGCAUUAAUGUUAAUAAAGGUACAUAAUUUGUCAAA